GUACAUAGUGUCAUGUGAAGCAUGUUGCUUUGCCAAAGUGGACUACCUAUACGUACAUUAGUUGAUCUGGGCUUGAACAGAGAGCUGGGUUGAAAAACAAAAAACUCAAAACAUUAUAGUGCAGGGGAAAAACCCCCAGAAUUGAGGUGAACUUGUCUUUAUCAAUCACGUCAAAAUAUCAACAACGCUGGCCGAGAGUGCAUUGUGUGCAUUCACAGGUUGGGAAUAUUAUACCAAUUGUAACCCACACAUGUAUGUAUGCCCCCAUUGAUCACUACCACGUCAUAGCUACAGGGAUCAACUGUUGCCAUUGUUGUUAUUGUUAGCUGACUGACCCCCGUCCCACCUGCCUCAGCUAACCUGUGUAUACAGUGCGCAGGUAGGCCUACAUGUACACGGCACUGUACAACCAACAUAAGCCGGAUCAUUCAGCAUUGAGUGUGUAAAAAAGCUGACUGGAUGUGUACACAUCAUAAAUGGGAGAGCAACAUCUGAGCAUUGAUUAGACCCUAUUGAUUGUGGGUGGCGGAGGGCCGUGGACUCUGCUCCGGGACUAGGCUGAGUGCGUACGGCACACACAGCUUGGGUGUUCAACACAAAUUUCGUCACAACUAGUUACCAUAUAACAAGGGCAAACUAGUAAUAGUUCUGAUGUUGUCAGUCCACCAGCAAUUUACAAUACAGCCUUAGCAGAGAGAACUAUUGAAGUGACUGACUUGGAAAGAUGACUCCAAUCUUCUCAGUCUGCACCAUCCAUGUCUGAACUGCCCCGCAAUGGGUAGUUUUUAAAUUUGGUGUGUUUCUUAAUGAACCGUGGUCAUCCUCUGCCUGCUCAUCUGUACGUGUAAGUCUGCAGUGGUUCGCAAGCCCUACACACACACACACGCUCACACACUGACUAAUGACUCAUCGGCUGGCCAUGGGAGACGAGCGCAUCAAGAUGCAAGAGAAUAACAACGGGGAGACAGUGGAGAUGGAGAUUGUGGAUGAGGACAGUGAUUCGCCUCUGGAGGACGAGUGCUCUCGCAUCUGCAUGUGCGAGAAGUGCAUCGCGGAGAAAACACCACCAACUAAGGUAGAAAGGGCAAGUUCAUGGAGGAAGAUCAGAAACAUGGUACACUGGUCACCGUUCGUUCAGUCUUUCAAGAAGAAAUACCCCUGGGUUCAGCUGGCUGGCCAUCAAGGCAACUUCAAAGCUGGCGAGUGCGGCACUAUCUUGAAGAAGCAUACCCCCAAGGAGCAGUGGGCAUUGAGAAAACUGAUGGCUGACAUCCUGAGGCCGUACAUCCCAGAGUACAAAGGGGUCGUAGAGAAGAACUCGGAGAAAUAUGUACAAAUGCAAGAUCUGCUUGGAGAAUUUGACAAUCCAUCCGUAAUGGACUGCAAAAUUGGAACACGCACAUACCUUGAAGAGGAACUGAAGAAGGCCAGAGAAAAGCCCAAGCUUCGAAAGGACAUGUACCAGAAGAUGAUUGAAAUUGAUCCGACGGAGCCAACUUCAGAAGAGCACCGCCUCGGAGCUGUGACCAAGCCACGCUACAUGCAGUGGAGAGAGUUCAUGAGUUCAUCAGCCACUCUAGGAUUCAGGAUUGAAGGAGUUAAGAAAGGAGACGGUCAUUCUAGCCGGGACUACAAGACUGUACGCACAAAAGAUCAGAUCAGCGAAUGCUUUAAUUUCUUCAUCGACGGUGAUCCUUCCAUCCAAACCAAAUACAUUCGCCGCUUGAAGGCCAUCCGAGCUACCCUGGAGUCGUCUGAAUUUUUCGCUCUGCAUGAGGUCAUUGGAAGUUCACUGCUGUUUGUGCACGACAGAACAGGAAAAGCUAGCGUCUGGAUGAUAGACUUUGGCAAGACCACCCCGCUUCCUCCAUCCGAGUCCAAUGAUCAUCGGACCCCAUGGGUGGAGGGAAACCACGAGGAUGGCUACCUGUUUGGAUUGGACAUGAUGAUUGAAGUGUUUUCUGACAUGAAACCCAAAAAGUGCCCUGUUGAGACCAAUUCCAACAAACCUUCCACGAAGACUGAUCCCACUCCUGCCACCGCUCCUAGUGCAAUGGACACUCAGUCAGGUUCAACCUCCACUGACGCUGUUGACACCACUCAACCUUCAGAAGCCCUUCCAAUUUCCUCUUCCAUCUCCAAUGUUUCCUCAACUGCAUCGCCCCCAUCAGUCACAGCAGCUCCCUCGUAGCAUUGGAACCUAGAUGGGUCCGAGGACAGAUCCAGGGUAGGACAGUGGUCCGAUCCUGGAUGGGUCAGAGGUCAAGUCCUGGAAGAGUCAGAGGUCAGAUCCUGGAAGGGUCAGGGGUCAGAUCCUGGAUGGGUCAGGGGUCAGUUCCUGGAUGGGUCAGAGGUCAGAUCCUGGAUGGGUAAGGUCUCUGACCCUAGAUGGGUCAGAAGUCUGAUCCCGAACGGGUCAGAGCUCAAAUCCUGGAUGAGUCAGAGGUCAGAUCCUGGUUGCUUCAGAACUCCGAUCCUGGAUGGGUCAGAGGUCAGAUGGGUCAAAGGUGAGAGGUCUGAUGCCAGGGGUUUAUUUCAUAGAGCUGCUAAAGCACAGAUAUUUGACUGGCCUCAGUUGCAUGGGAUGCACGUUAUUUGUGACAGGUAUUUCCUGCUUAACAGCUCCAUGAUAUUGGACCUAGAUCCUGGAUGGGUCAGGGUCAGAUCCUUUAACAGAUCCGACGUCAGAUCCUCUAGAGGUCUCAGGUCGGAACCAAUUGCGAGUUGAUUUCAGGUGCAGAUGUAUGGCAUGAAAACUUCAUGCUCGUUUUUUCAGGUGGGCGUCCGUUAGUGACCCAACGUCUUUCAUGCUGCACAUUGAGGUGUUUUGCACAGAUUUUUUAUAUUACGGUUCGAUUCGAAUGCAUUUUGGUAAAUGUUGGGGUCUUCGUUUGUAAUAAACAAGGGCAUUUUAAGUUAUAUGAGUUAAUUUUUACAUUUGAGGGUUUUUAUUUAAUCAAUUUUUAAUUAGUUUUCAGUGAUCAAGCCUGGAUGUUGAGGAAAAAUAUCUUUUUUUUCCUGAAGCAUUUUUAAGUUCGGCUGGAAUCAUGUUUUCCUGCUCGUCAUUUGACAAUCAUAUUAAUUUAUUGAAACUUAUACUGUAAAUUUUUUGCACCUGUUAGCAAAAAUUCUAGGAAAAAUAUGCACUUUUUAUCAACACUAGUAUGUGGUGGGAUGGUGAAUUAUUGACAUUUCCAAGCAUAAGUGCUUCUGCUUUUUUUUAAUUUUUAAAUUAUGCUGAAACCAUGUUUGUACAAUCAAAUCUUGUGAACACAAACGUGUACAUUCUUUUGACGCCUACUGCCCUAUCCCCCUUCCAGCUCAAAACUCUUCAAAUGCCACCUGGAUAUUUCUUUUCUAAAAAAGAAGAAGAAAUGUUGGCCCUUUCCCCCCAAAAAAAUUGUUCUCAUCUUUGGGAGUGUGUGAUUUUUUGAAAGGGAAAAACAGUUUUAUUUAAAA